AUAAAUUUCAUUUUCAUCUCCUCGAAACUAAAAUAUACAUUGAAGAGUCCGCCUCCUGGCACGCAUAGCAUUAGGGGGCAUCUUUCUUGUUCUCCUUCCAUCUUCAUCCUUCCUCUCCUCCUCCUCCUCCUCCUCCUCCUCCUCCUAUUCAUGCUUCUUAUGCCUUAGCCUUUAUUGCUUCACAUUGUUUGCCGCACCCUCAUCUUUUGCCUCUCCUUAUUGCCUCUCUCUCUCUCUCUCUCUCUCAUACAAACUACAAACGCCACCCACCAAACCAAAUAAAGCCCACUCUCCAAUCUCUCUGCUCCCCUCGACCCAUCUAUUUCCUCUGAGACUCUGCCAUGGCCGUUCAAGCUCAAUACCCUUCUAAUAUCCUCCUCCUCAACAGGAAUGCGCCAGAGAUAAAUGACUGUUCCUUGCAGCAUCAGCCAGGAGGAUUCCUAGACCAAUCCCACAUCUUGUUCACCACCGGAGCGACGAGCACUAACCAGAGGAAGAGAGGAAGACCAGAAGCGGUGUCCACUGCUUUUGCAUCCAUGAACGCCAACAACCAUCUAUAUUCAUUGCAACCUCAGCCUCCUCAGCUCAUUGACCUCACUCAGCUCCACAACAAUAACAAUAACAACCACCACCACCACCACCAAUCCAAUCUCGUCUCCACUGGUCUCCAUUUAUCAUUCGGUGAACAUCAUCAUCAUAAUCAUCAUCAACAACAGCAGCAGCAGCAGCAGCAACAAAAUCAUCUUUUUUCGAAUUCAUCCGCAAGCUUGCCUCUGUCGUCUGAAGAUUUCGCCACUCAAUUCAAGCAACAGAGGGAUGAAAUAGACCAAUUCCUCCAUGCCCAGGGAGAGCAAUUGCGGCGCACAUUAGCAGAGAAGAGGCAGAGGCACUACCGUGCGCUGCUGGGCAUCGCGGAGGAAUCAGUGGCCCGGAAGCUGCGAGAGAAGGACGCCGAGAUGGAGAAGGCCACGCGCCGGUACGGCGAGCUCGAAGCACGCGCGGCCCAGCUCAGCGUGGAGGCCCAGGUCUGGCAGGCGAAGGCCCGGGCCCAGGAGGCCGCCGCGGCGUCGCUGCAGGCGCAAUUGCAGCAGCUCAUAAUGAGCGGGCAAGACCGGAGGGCGGCGGCGGCGGACGACGGGGGCGGCGGGCCAGGGUCCGCCGCGGAGGGCCAGGCGGCGGAGGACGCGGAGUCGGCCUACGUCGACCCGGACCGGGUCGUGGUCUCAGGGCCGAGCUGCAAGGCGUGCAGUAACCGGGCGGCGUCGGUGGUGCUGUUGCCGUGCCGGCACUUGUGCGUGUGCCCGGAGUGCGACACGGUGGUUCACGCUUGCCCGGUGUGCUUUGCCACGAGGAAUUCGAGCGUGGAGGUUUACCUUUCUUGAGGCCCGAACCCGAGCCCGAGCCCAAGCCCAAUGAGGGAGGCCCAGGCCCAUCGAGACGAGGUCAGAGCGCCCCCCAAAAAGGAGGGCAAAAAUGAAAGAAAGAGAAUAUUAUCAUGGCAAUAAUGAAAAAUUCCAGACUAUCAACCUCGGCCUCCAGUUCAAAAAUAUAAAUUCUUCCUUUUCUUUU